CAAUGGCAAAGAGGCGUGCUUGGUUUCUGCCAAGUGCUGCCCUCUUUACAAGGGUGCGCGCUGCACCAGUGCUCUUACUGGUUACUCACUCACGAGAUGGAGCCACGGAGCCGUAGUCUGCUGCAAACUCUUCACGCUGCUGUUUAUGGACCUGCGCAAGAGUAUGAACGGGGAAAGUUCCAAAGAAGCACAAGUUGGGAUUUUCUCACGCUUUAUCAUUCGCGAAGAAAUAACUGCGCGAAUCUGUCCCUGCAGUACCUGCUGACAGCACGUGACACAAGCUGGUGCUGCGCCGAAUCUGUGGGUUCUCCGCGAUACUGCGCGGCUUCUUUUCCUUUCUUUUUUUUUUUCAAUCGCCCGUGGUGAAACGCCGGAAAAAGACAACGCAAACCUGUCGCCACGUGAAGGAUUCUCCGUGUUUAGUCAGUGCGAUCAGACGUGAACAUUGUCGAUGGUCGUCGUACGAUUUCGCUGUAGCAUGGCGACGUUUUUCUGCGGUCGACAGCUCGCUUUGCGUGUUGGAUUUCUGUGCGUCUUCUUUCUUCUGGCCUACGGACAAGGCCCGUCGAAGCCCGCUAACUGCACUCCGGAAGCGGCGUUUAUGUGCUACGACAUGUACCGGUUGGAGUUGAAGGGAGCUCAGGCCCUCGCCGACGAGGGCAUAAACCAGGAGGAGCUUGACGACAAGUGCAGGCGCAUCAAAGAGAAGUUGCCGUGCCACAAAGAGAUCGCCCUGUGUCCUGAGAUGUCAAGGUUGAAUAUGACGCUCCAGGAGAGUGGUUACCAGGCUGUGACGAACAUCGUCUGCGACACGCAGGCACUGAAAGAUUCCUACGUGGCCGGCCGCUGUGAGGACGGGCAGAAGCUGAUCGACUGCCUGGUGGAAUGGAGCUUCCAGCAUCACGACGACGAUCCUCCCCGCGACGAAAACGUUCGCCUGUGCAGGCGCCUCCGAGGCUCGUUGGACUGCUACGAUGAGACAUUCGUGGCCUCGUCGUGCCCCGUCUCUCUGGAAUCGGCCAAGCCAGCUUUCGUGAGGACCCAGCAGGCGCUCCUCCAGCUUGUCGGCUGCGAGGAGCCGAACGGGUCGGCACGGUUGUCCUCGGCUCCUCAAGGACUGCUGCUCGCGAUGGCCACCCUGGCUUUUGUUCGCCAGAACGUGUCUUGAGAUGUGCAACUUUAAAAGGGACGCUAGUGAGAAAUCCUAAAUCAGCUUACACCGAGCAAGCAUUCUUUCGAAUUAUCGUUAACGUCGUGGUUAGAGAUUGAUUAAUAUAAGGCAAAUUAAUGCCACACUGCCAUUUUUCGCGUUUCGUGCCGAAACGUCGUCGUCGGCAUACGUCAGUGUGACGUCACAAAUUUCAACGUAUCAUCUCGUAUUUGGACCAUUGUGGCGCACUAACAGUUGUCCAAACUUGCCAAGUUCAGUCUCGGGCUGGUUUUUUUUUUUGUAAUACCAUGUAGUCAGUGCUUACCGAUAAAAAAAGAUUACUGUAGAGCCGAGCAGCAAGACACUGUCAAAAGUCAUGACGUCAUAGCUCUGUGGUGCGAGACCUUUAAAGUGGCUUACUCGACACCCACAUUUGGUUCUUACGUCUUUUCUGGCUUCUCUCGUGGUAAGAGGCCUUUUUGCAUUGUUGGAAACGUAAAUUACUAGUGUAGCUGAAGUUAACUUUCUCUUUGGGGCUUCUUUAGAGGGAGACUAUAGAGAAAGUUAAUCUUGAUUUGUGAAUUGCAGUUCUGGAAUACCAGAGUCUCAUAGUGAUGUGAUCGAAGAUGCGCCAUAGACAGGACGAAACAAAACGGAAGACUGGUGUUGACGUCACAUUUAAGUUGCCACAAACCACGACGUCGUAAGAUUCUUGCGCCUGCUAAGGGCUAAUUUGUUUGUUUAUCAAUAAAUAAGGAUAACAGCGCCUUAGGAACUAACAAAAGACUCAGCCUGUGUAACUUUUGUAAGCUGUACCUGCACGAAAACAAACGUGAUGGUAAAAGAGUGCAACGAAAUUUCUAGGAGUGUGUGCCACACAUGCGCCGCGCAGCCGUGAGCAAGAACUUCACUGUAAGAUGCGAAUGAAUAUUUUAAAAUAGAACGAAUUUGCAGUAACGACGUGUCAUUGUGCACUGGUCUGCGGCGGCUAAUGCGGCAUCUACCUAACAGUCCCUCCUCUCACUGACGUCAUCAUAGCCGCGGUUGGGACGUGCAAUUAAAAAGCAGAAAUUGGUCGAUUUUCUUUACUAAUAAUACUUCUUGCGCGAAUAAAUGCGGGUACAGUGAGUAAUACCUAACCACUAUAAGCUUAUUUAUAUCUUCGACGUCAAGUGAUGAGAAAUACUCAACUUUCGAAGUCAGUUAAGGGUUGAGGAGCUUGUAAGCGGGAAACAACUGCUUUCUGUUAUCAGCUCUCCGGCAGGGGAACCAUUUGGAACAGUCCUAAUUUGCAACGCUCUCUCUCCCUCGAGACUACAAAAGUGCUGUUAUCCAUUAUACUCUAACAAAAACAGAUAAUCGGCAAUUCCGAAAAAUGAAUAAUUGAGUACGAAUGGAAUAACAAGGGCUAUUGGAUGCGUAUUCAAAGUUUCGAAUACUCACACACACCUCUAAUAGUUUGAACAACAACAACAACAAAACGCAAUGGCUCAGGUGUGUUCUUUUUGCCUCUGGUAAACUAUUUGUGCCUUUUACUGACGCAUACAAAGUAUUACAGACCACUGGCUCUUAGGAAAUUGCAUUACGCUGCAGUGUGAGAUUGAGUCAUGGCAUCCUCCUAACUUGCUCAAAACGACACUGUUUGCUUUACAGAAAGCUUCGCCUUAUAUAGAACGCUCUGCAUAUUAUGUAUAUAUAUAUGCGAAAAUGUGCCUUAUUUCUUAUACAUCCUUCACAAGGUAAUUGUUACGAAUGUGCAUAUGUCUAAACUCAGAUUUGUUACUUUGUUACCGGGCUCUUGUUAUGGUAAUUCGCCCCAGAAGAGGCCCAUUUAAGGCCUUAUGUAAUAUGCCUACCGAAGUUUACACCAAUCAAUAAAAAUGAGCAGGAAGCAACGGUGUACUUCACUUCCUCUCACCUCCCUCCCUCCCCCACAAAAUGCAGUGGCUAUGCAAGAGGCCGUAGUGAAGGGCGAAGGAGCGGACAUUAAUUUGAUCACACGAGUUGAUCGACAUAAGCAUGCACAAAAUAUUUGGUAUUGCUAGUCCCUUUUUCUUUUUCCCUGUCCCACUUGUGUGCAGCAUGAAGGAAGGAACUAGGAGUGAGCAUUGCGCAAUACGACUGAAGCUAAACGAGUUGGCUCAACACGCAAUCGUAAUUUGAGAGCAGGCGUUAGGCUUCGGUGCUCCUGCUGUACAGGCGGAGCUUCGGAAGGGCAGCCGAACAAGGGCAUAGACUGACAACUACCGGAAACCAGAGAUUCUCGGCCAGUACGCCGGGUAUCAGACGUCACGUGUUGGCCCGAUACUGCAAGGGAAAAAGCGAAGGCUAUGGCUUCACUGAGAGUUCGCCUGUCAAGGCUGGCUGCGUGACAUAAUGCUCUCUUCUAAUUUAUUUCCCUCAUCCACGGAGUGCAGUGUACGUGCCGCGUGUAAGGCCCAUCUCCAGUUUUCUGAUCAUCUUAUUUGUCUUCUAAGGUGCGCCAAUGCUUAGUCUCUGCUGGUAAGCUAACCGCACUUCAUUAUCCUUAUCACAAAAAAGUCUCUGCGUGUGAUAUUUUUUUGCCGCACUGUGGUUUCUCUUGUUCAGUCAACCGCAAGGAGUGCGAUCUGCACGUUUUGCAGGCAGCAGGUCGGGGUGUUGCUGUCGGGUGUUGCUGCUGCCGCGAGCAACACCCGUUCUACAGAGCCGCAUUGUUCGUUAAGGAACAGUUGUGCAAAAGAAACUGUCCCUGCUUGUAGCCAUGCCGAGAGCCUCCUUUUGCGAAUAAAAAGUUUACUCAUUUC